GGGAGGUGCUGCAGUUGUUGUUCUUUUUAGCAACCGAAACUACAACCUGGAAGACACUAGACACUAAAACUUAAUCAAACACAGAAACUUCAGCAAAUAAAUCAAACUGAACCAAAAUGCCUUCACUCAGUAGUAAAUCUGCGCAGGAAAUAGCCGACCUGUUGGAUGAAUACGGGAUAAAACACGGGCCUGUGGUCGAUUCCACCAGAGGUCUGUAUGAGAGGAAGCUAAAAGAGGCUAUGGCCAAGGAGAAGAGAGUGAAACCAUCACCAGACAGAACUUACUACAGAGAAGAAGAAGAGGAAGUCACCUAUGUCUACAAGACACCUGUGAGGAGUGACGGUUCAGGAGACAGUGGGUCGUACUUGAGGUCCAGACCAGAGUGGACUGAGAGGGAACAUGAAACAAAGUACUCCAGCUACACACGAUCACAGCCUGAAUACAGAGGAAGAGAUUACGUUGAUGGACCCUACAUGUAUGACUCCCCAUCCACUUACAGAUCUUCCUAUUUGAAAUCAACACCCUCAAAACCUGUUCAAGAGGCUGCGGAGAAGCCCAAGUCUUCUCGCCUCAUCCCCCUCUGGGUUCAGUUUGUGUUCUUUGUGGCUGUGGCCGUCUUUCUCUACAUUGUGUUUUCCAGUAUGGAGACGAAUGAAUCCAUUAAAGGAAUUGAAUGAUUUUAGUUCCACUCAUGCUCAGUUUAUAGAGCUGUUUCACACUAUUAUGCAUUUUAAUAUAAGGAAUGUAUUUUGAUUAAUUUUUUUAUUCAGACAUAAGGGGUUUUGUGCUUUUUAAGGUAUUUGUGUGCGUUGUAAUUGCAGUUUAUUUGCUAGCUUGUACUUAAAUUCAUGUGCUUUUAAGUUGAUUUCUGAAGGCUUUGAUUUCUGCCCAGUACCCUUGACUGUGUUUUGCUCUCAGUGUUAAAUAUAUUUAUAGUGAGAGACAGAUCACUCCACAUAUGAUGCUGCUCUGAGAGUUAGUGUGCCAUUUUUAUAAGGAGUUGAAUGAAUAGUAAGUCUCAUGAAAGGUUUCUGGCACAUUAAGCAUUAGACACUACAAUGCUAAAUCAAACAAUUCCUUUGUAAUGUGGCUAGCUUUAAUGCUGAGCUUCAAUUAACAGUAAAUUGAUCUAUAUUGUAAGGUUAUACUUCUGUUAUUACCUACAUCAUACUUUUCAGAACAAGCAAUAUCAAAUUACUUUACUUAAAAAUUUGUACUAAGAUUUUAUAGUUUUUGGUUUUAAGAAGACCUGAUUUCACUUGACUUUAAACUACUCCUAGAGUAGUUUAAGUCACUCUAAAAAAAAUAAAACAGAAGUAAAAAAAAAAAGUUUUGAAGCAGUAUUAUAAAAUCUACUGUUCAGUUUAAGAGGUUUUUCAACAUCUUCCCAAAUUUCCCUUUCUCCCAAGUUUUACUGUACUUGUACCAAGUAGUAAGAGUAUGUAAAAAAAAAUACAAGCACAUUGCAUUUUAUUGAACAAUUUUUUUUGGUUUGUGUUAUGUCAGGGUGCAGCAAUGCUUCUUUCUUAUCGAUUGACAGAAAUAAUUAUAUUGAAAUACUUCUGGGGAAGGUUUAAUCCAAGUGCCUCUGCUUUUUUGCUUUAAGAAAUAAUUGGUUUUGUGAGUGUAUGUGGGUAUUUGUCAGUACCCUUGAACACUUUGAUCAAUCAAAUCAAUUUAAACAUGUAGCAUAUUUCCAUCUUUGCAUCCUCUGGAGUCUGAUAUUGUGACGUGUUCUGUAUAACCAUUUCAUAUUCAAACUAUAAAAGAGUUUUUAAUAUUUAGA